AUGAAAGCCAUUCAUUACGGAUCUUUGCAAAUCAUGACUGGAAUGAGAGAUGUUAUUGCUUGCGGUGGAGUUGAGUCCAUGUCUAACGUUCCCUAUUAUUUGACUGAUUAUAGAAAUGGAAAAAGAAUGGGAGAUGGUAAAGUGAUUGAUGGUAUGAUGUACGAUGGUUUAUUUGAUCCAUAUAAUAAGAGUUUGAUGGGUCAAUUUGCUGAUGUCACUGCAUCUACUCAUAAGAUAUCAAAGCAAGAUCAAGAUGAUUAUGCUAUCAAGAGUUAUGAAAAAGCUGCAAAGAAUGUUGAGAAUUUCAAGAAGGAAAUUGUACCUGUGAAAGUUAAUAAUGUCACUUUUGAUAGAGAUGAGGAGGUUACCAAAUUCAAAGGAGCAGAUAAACUAAGAUCGCUGAAACCUGCAUUCAGUAAGGAGGGAGGAACUGUGACUGCUGGAAACGCAUCAAAAAUUUCUGACGGUGCUGCUUUCGUUUUACUGGUCAGCGGAAAGUUUUUGAAAUCCAAUCCAACCUAUCUUGCAAGUUUGAGAAAUGAAAAUGUCUUUGAAGUGUUAUCUUUCGAGGAUGCAGAAAAAGAACCACAAUGGUUUACAAUUGCACCUAGCUUAGCCAUUCCAAAAGCUUUGAAGAGAGCUGGUCUAACUGUCAACGAUGUGGAUUAUUUCGAAAUUAACGAAGCAUUUUCUGCUGUGGCUUUGGCGAAUUCGAAACUUUUAAAUCUUCCAGAAGAGAAGGUAAACAUUUGGGGAGGUGCUGUUGCCAUCGGUCACCCACUGGGCUGCAGUGGUGCUCGAAUCAUUGUCACACUAUGCAAUGUGUUGGCAACAAAUAAGAAGACAGUCGGAUGUGGAGGUAUUUGUAACGGAGGCGGUGGAGCUAGCGCUUUAGUAAUUAAGAGAGUAGAUCCUUCCCAAUUUAAAUCCUCUCUCUAA